AUGGGUUGCUCUCAGGAGCUCAGUGAAUUCAAGCGUGGUUCCGUGAUAGGUUGCCACCUGUGCAAUAAGUACAUCCGUGAAAUUUCCUUGCUACUAAAUAUUCCACAGUCAACUGUUAGUGGUAUUAUAACAAAGUGGAAGCAACUGGGAACAACAGCAACUCAGCUACGAAGUGCACAUAGUGCACAGAAGUCGCCCAUCGUUUGCAGAGUCAAUAGCUAAAGACCUCCAAUCUUCAUGUAGCCUUCAGAUUAGCACAACAACAGUGUGUAGAGAGCUUCAUG